GACACCGGCCACAUGUCUGUGAUCUGUGCAAUUUCUGAUCCAAGUAGUUGCAUUAUUUACGUCAGCAAACGGCAGAGUUUUCUGUUUAGUGUGGCUACGGCUGUUAGUUAUAUUGUUUGGCUUGUGCGAAAUCAGUCAGCUUGAAAUUAGGAGGAGAGUAUCUAAUUCAAAAGUAGAAUGAUUGGUGAUUUGAAAAAGGACGAUUUAAGUCGGGUACCGGAAACCAUAAGUUUCCCGGCUGAGGAGGAGCAUGUCUUGUCCUAUUGGAAGUCUGAGCGAAUUUUUGAGAAUUGCUCGAAAUUAUCUAAGGGAAAGCCCAGAUACACAUUCUACGAUGGGCCACCUUUCGCUACGGGUCUUCCCCAUUACGGACACAUCCUGGCCGGAACAAUCAAGGACAUUGUCACAAGAUACGCUUAUCAGCAAGGGUAUCAUGUCGAACGUCGAUUUGGGUGGGAUUGUCAUGGAUUACCAGUCGAAUAUGAAAUAGAUAAAACGCUGGGUAUUCGCGGACCGGAGGACGUCGAGAAAAUGGGAAUUGCAGCGUAUAAUAAAGAGUGCAGGAAGAUUGUAAUGCGUUACGCCGACGAGUGGGAGCAGAUAGUGAGCAGAAUGGGUCGCUGGAUCGAUUUCUGCAAUGAUUAUAAGACGUUAUAUCCGUGGUAUAUGGAGUCGAUCUGGUGGAUAUUCAAGCAAAUGUUUUCGAAGGGGUUGGUUUACCAAGGUGUUAAGGUCAUGCCAUAUUCCACUGCCUGUACUACGCCACUUUCUAACUUCGAAUCUGGUCAGAACUAUAAGGAAAUCGUCGAUCCGUCAAUCACAGUAAGCUUUAGAUUAGUAGACUCCCCUGAUGAUACGAGCUUGCUUAUUUGGACUACCACCCCAUGGACUAUACCAUCGAAUCUGGCUGUAUGUGUUAACCCAAAUAUGACCUACGUCAAAGUACGUGAAAAUGAGACAAAACGGUUGUACAUCUUGGCUGAGAGCCGUCUUGAAUUCAUUUUUAAAACGGCCGACGCGUAUACGAUCCUAGAAACGUUCCCUGGUAAGAAGCUUGCUAAUUUGAAGUACCACCCGGUUUUCUCGUAUUUUGUUGACUAUGGCAAGCGUAUGAAUGCAUUCCGUGUUUUACUCGAUGACUAUGUGACAGAGGAUUCUGGUACGGGCGUUGUUCAUCAGGCUCCAUACCAUGGUGAGGACGAUUAUCGGGUAUCACUCGCUAACGGUGUCAUAGCCAAAGACAGUGAAGUUAUUUGCCCAAUCGAUGAUGUUGGGAAGUUCACUGCGCAAGUGAAGGAUUUCGAAGGGCAAUAUUUUAAGGACGCAAACAAAAAUAUUGUUGCCAUGAUAAAGGAGCGUGGGAAUCUGUUUAAUGCCGGUCAAGUUAAGCAUAGUUAUCCCUUCUGUUGGCGAUCAGACACGCCACUCAUUUACAAGGCUGUCCCGUCCUGGUUCAUCCGGGUUGAGCACAUGAGCCAGAGUCUUUUGAACUGUAGCUCUCAGACCUACUGGGUUCCAGAGUUCGUUAAAGAAAAACGUUUUGGCAAUUGGUUGAAGGAGGCUAGAGAUUGGGCCGUCAGUCGAAACCGCUAUUGGGGUACCCCAAUCCCAAUUUGGAUGACACCUGAUGGCGAGGAGGUAAUUUGCAUAGGCAGUAUUAAGGAGCUCGAACAGCUUUCCGGGCGGAAAGUGACUGAUUUACAUCGUGAAAGUAUCGACGAUAUAGAAAUCCCCUCGUCAAGACCAGGAUGUCCACCACUCAGGCGGGUGAAGGAAGUCUUCGAUUGUUGGUUUGAAUCCGGAUCAAUGCCUUUCGCUCAGCAGCAUUUCCCCUUCGAGAAUGAAAAGGACUUCAUGAACUGCUUCCCAGCCGACUUUGUUGCAGAAGGUAUCGAUCAAACCCGCGGCUGGUUCUAUACGCUAAUAGUUGUCUCUACGGCCCUGUUCAACAAGCCUCCAUUCAAAAACUUGAUAGCAAGCGGAUUAGUCCUCGCUGCUGAUGGCCAGAAAAUGUCCAAGCGUAAAAAGAACUAUCCAGAUCCUAUGGUGGUAGUGGAUAAGUACGGGGCAGACGCACUAAGGUUAUAUUUAAUUAAUUCACCAGUUGUGAGGGCUGAAAAUUUACGGUUCAAGGAGGAAGGCGUACGUGACAUCAUCAAGGACGUAUUUCUUCCUUGGUAUAAUGCAUACCGAUUCUUUGUGCAGAAUGUUACGCGUUUGGAGAAAGAGGAGCACUGUGAGUACUUUUACGAUCACGAAAGACAUGUGGCUGGUGUGAAAAAUGCGAAAAUUAUGGAUGUUUGGAUCCUGUCAUUCAAGGAGAGCUUGCUUGACUUUAUUACCAAGGAGAUGGUGGCUUAUCGUCUCUACACAGUCGUUCCUAGGCUGACUAAAUUUAUAGAUCAGCUUACAAAUUGGUAUGUUCGAUUGAAUCGGCGUCGCAUAAAGGGUGAGACUGGAAAGGUUGAAUGUAUUCAAUCCUUGGAUACAUUGUUCGAUAUUCUCAUGUCCAUGGCCAAAGUAAUGGCACCUUUCACUCCAUUUUUAUCUGAGUAUAUCUAUCAAAGGUUGAAUUUACUGAUGCGCACAAAAGAGAAGGGGUCCGUUCAUUAUCAAAUGAUACCCGCUGCCAAUAGGUCGCUUAUCAAAACUGCUGUCGAACUAGCUGUUUCCAGGAUGCAAACAGUCAUCGAAUUGGGCCGUGUUAUGCGUGAUCGAAGAACUUUGCCCGUCAAGUAUCCGGUCCAAGAAAUCAUCAUCAUUCAUAAGGAUAACAAAUACUUAGAUGAUGUAAGAAGCCUGGAGAGCUUCAUUCUAGGUGAAUUGAAUGUACGUAAACUGGUCACAACAUCAGACAAGGAAAAGUAUGGAAUCACGCUACGUGCGGAGCCCGAUCAUAAGUCAUUAGGACAACGACUGAAGGGUGACUUCAAAGCUGUUAUGGCUGCAAUCAAAAAUCUCACUGAUGCGGAGAUUCAAACACAUCUUUCAGCAAACUGCUUCAAGAUCCUAGGACACGAGAUUGACUUAAGCGAAGUCCGUAUAAUUUAUAAGAUUUCCGAUAAUUUGGGGGCGAAUUUCGAAGCUCAUAGCGACAAUGAUGUCCUGGUUUUGAUGGAUAUGACUCCCAACGAGGAGCUGAUGGAGGAAGGUGUUGCACGUGAAAUAAUUAACCGCAUCCAGAAGCUUAAAAAGAAAGCACAACUCGUCCCUACUGACCCUGUUCUGAUUUUCUACAAAAUUUCAUCCGAUUCCAACAACCAAUUGACGAAAGUUACAGAGAAGUACAAGGCGUUCAUUGAAACUACGGUCAAGUCGCCAUUCCAAGUAUAUAGUGCCGAAACUACAGGAAAGAAGCGUAUGAUCAUCGAAGAAUCCUUCGAUUUGAAAGAUGCUAAUUUAAAUAUCGUCAUUUGUUCAGUGGAGGAUCAACAACUGCCAAACAUUCCAUGGACGAAUGUUCAAUUGGAAGGAUUAAUUGAACCACGAUAUCAAAGCGGCCGAGAAGGGAUGAUUUUACUACAACAUCCCGAUGGAAAGGCACUAAGCCUGGAGGAGUUCAAAUCUGAGAUUCGCAGAUUAUUUGGACUUUACGGUAUCGAGUUUACACUGGAAUGCAACAAGAAGAUCAUCACGAAUUUGCCAGAUGUCCAGUCCAAAGUUGUCCUUGUGCGCAAAACUUCUGGAAUUACGAAAAGCGAACCACGUGUCGAAAAUGUUAACGCUGCUCACGCUGUGCCAGUUUGUAAAUUUAAUAAUUAUGAAUUCGACGGGAAGAAAUUUACUAUAUUGUUGGAGAAUCCAAAAGGAUCACCAUUGGAUCAUGAUGAGAAAUAUCUUAAUUGUCUCCUUAAUAAAGUGUUCCAACGCUGCGACGGGGUGGGAGAUCAAAGAUUGUUGAAGAAGUAGGAGCAUUUUUUUUUCAUUAAUAAAUUUUUUUUGCAUAUUUUGUUAAUUUAUUGAAAUCUGUAAGAUAUGAAUACUGAGUUUGAUAAGGAUUUGUUCAGUUUGUUCAACUUUGAUAUUGAAAUAAAAAAAUAAAGAUCAAAAAUGGA